GGAGCUAGGACUGGAGUCAAUCCUUUCUUUCAGCUGGAGGGCUCUCCGUGAGCCAGCCCCACCCUCAGAAAAGAUGUUUUCGAUGAGGAUCGUCUGCCUGGUCCUGAGUGUGGUGGGCACAGCAUGGGCUGCAGAUACCGGUGAAAGUGAAUUUUUAGCUGAGGGAGGAGGCGUGCGUGGCCCAAGAGUGGUGGAAAAACAUCCUUCUGGCUGCAGAGAUGCAGACUGGCCCUUCUGCUCUGAUGAAGACUGGAACUACAAAUGCCCUUCCGGCUGCAGGAUGAAAGGGUUGAUUGAUGAAGUCAAUCAAGAUUUUACAAACAGAAUAAACAAGCUCAGAAACUCACUAUUUGAUUAUCAGAAGAACAAUAAGGAUUCUAACUCAGUGACCAGAAAUAUAAUGGAAAUUUUGAGAGGGGACUUCGCCACAGCCAAUAACCAUGACAGUGCAUAUAACCAAGUGUCAGAAGAUCUGAGAAGCAGAAUUGAGGUCCUGAAGCGCAAAGUCAUAGAAAAAGUACAGCAAAUUCAACUUCUGCAGAACAACGUUAGGUCUCAGCUGGUAGAUAUGAAACGGCUGGAGGUGGACAUUGAUAUUAAGAUCCGAUCUUGCAAAGGGUCUUGCAGUAGGGCUUUAAAUCAUCAGGUAGAUCUAAAGGACUAUGAAGAUCAGCAGAAACAACUCGAACAGGUCAUUGCCAAAAAUUUACUUCCCUCUGGAGACAGGCAAUACUUACCACUGAUAAAAAUGAGUCCAGUUGAAGACUUGAUUCCUGGAAAUUUCAAGAGCCAGCUUCAGAAGGCCCCUCCAGAGUGGAAGGCACUAACUGAAGUGCAGCAGAUGAGAAUGGUGCUAGAGAGGCCUGGUGGAGAUGGGAAUGCCCGAGGAGACUCUGCAUCUUAUGGAACAGGAUCAGAGCGAGAAGGCCCCAGGAACCCUGCUAAUGCUGGCAAUUGGAACCCUGGGAGCUCUGGACCAGGUAGUACUGGAAACCGAAACCCUGAGAGCUCUGGAUCUGGCAGUACUGGACAUUGGAGCACUGGGAGCUCUAGCUCUGGAUCCAGUAGUAGCAGACAUUGGAGCACUGGGAGCUCUGGAUCUGUUAGUACCGGAAAUUGGAACCCGGGGAGCUCUGGACCAGGUAGUACCGGACAUUGGAACCCUGACAGCUCUGGACCAGGUAGUGCUGGAAACCGAAACCCUGACAGCUCUGGACCAGGUAGUACCGGACAUUGGAACCCUGACAGCUCUGGACCAGGUAGUACCGGACAUUGGAGCACUGGAAGCUCUAGCUCUGGAUCCAGUAGUAGCAGACAUUGGAGCACUGGGAGCUCUGGAUCUGGAAGUUUUAGGCCAGAUAGCUCAGGCUAUGGGGGCACCAAGCCUACCAACCCAGACUGGGGCACAUUUGAAGAGGUGUCAGGAAGUGUAAGUCCAGGGACAAAGAAAGAGUACCACACAAGUAAACUGGUCACUUCUAAAGGAGAGAAAGAGCUCCUGACUGGUAAUGAGAAGGUCACCUCUGGUAGCACAACCACCAAGCGUAGUUCAUGCUAUAAAACUGUUACUAAGACUGUUACACGCCCUGAUGGUCAGAAAGAAGUGACCAAAGAAGUGGUGACCUCCGAAGAUGGUUCUGACUGUGGUGAUGCGGAAGAGUUGCCUUUCUUUACUGGCGUAGGUGGCCUGGAUGAAUUCCGCCGCAGGCACCCCGAAGAAGCUGCUUUCUUUGAGACUUCCUUCACUGGAAAAACAUCCCCGAGUUCACUUGAAACUCUGUUCAACGGGUUUGCCAGUAAGACCGAGUCUAUGGGCUCAGAAUCUGACAUCUUCACAAACGUAGGGGCCUCCAGCUCUCGUCGCUUUGGUGUACCUGAAUUCCCUUCCAGUGGUAAAACUUCAAGUCACAGCAAACAAUUCGUAAGCUCUAGCACAACUUACAACAAAGGAGGCUCCACAUUUGAAACCAAGAGCUUUAAAAUGGCAGAUGAGGCGGGAAGCGAAGCCGAUCUCGAAGACCUCAGAGGAGCACAUGGCAUCAAGGGAGGCCAUGCUAGAUCGCGCCCUUCCAGAGGUAUCCACACUUCUCCUUUGGAGAAGCAUCCCCUGACCCCCUAGACUAAGUUAAUUGUUUUUGCAAAGCGCCCCCAUGGCACCUUGUGCUUCUUUCCUAACUCUCUAUUACACUUUAUUGAAAUUAUACGUUUUGGGUCUGUUUUUUCAUGGUAGACUGUAAGUUCCAUGUGGGCAAGGCCUUUGUCUAUAUCAUGUUCAUCUCUGUAUUCCCAAAUGCUUAACAGAGCAGAGAGUCAUCACUCAAUAAAUACAUUUUAAAUGAAUGAAUGGAUUCUUCUGAAAGUAGAUUUUGAAUUUAUUUAAUCAAAUUCUUUCACCAUUCAAAUUGUGUGCUAUUGGAAUUGUCACCCAAUUGAUUAAUCAUAUUUUUAGUGUGUGUCUCAGUUGACAUUUAGAUCAGGUUAAAAACAAGUUGUAUUUGGUACUAACUGAUGCUUAGCUACCUUUGCUAUUUACUGGCUGUUAGUCAGUACGUGCAAGUAAAAUUCCAAAUCCAUCUGAGAAAAAUCCCCUUUGCAAUUUGCGGGUAUAAAUAAGUUCUAUCCCAGUGUAAGUGCAUUCUUUCCUCAUGGAGGGAAGGAAGGAAGGAAGGAAGGAAGGAAGGAAGGAAGGAAGGAAGGCAGGCAAGCAAUAUUUGCAUUCUUUAAUCUGGGCCUAUCUUUGUAAAGUUAAAUGAGAGUAACUUUUUCCAACCAGCUUAAUUUUUUUUUUAGACUGUGGUGAUGUCCUCCAAACACAUCCUUCAGGUGCCCAAAGUGGCAUUUUCCAUAUCAAGCUACCGGAAUCCAGUAAGAUUUUUUCUGUUUAUUGCGAUCAAGAGACCAGUUUGGGAGGAUGGCUUUUGAUCCAGCAAAGAAUGGAUGGAUCACUGAAUUUUAACCGGACCUGGCAAGACUACAAGAGAGGUUUCGGCAGCGUGAAUGACAAGGGAGAAGGAGAAUUCUGGCUAGGCAAUGACUACCUCCACUUGCUAACCCAGAGGGGCUCUGUUCUUAGGGUUGAAUUAGAGGACUGGGCCGGGAAAGGGGCUUAUGCAGAAUAUCACUUCCG